CGGAAGUCCCAUCUUGUUGUAAGUGGUGUGACUUAACGAUUAAACUAAUGUCAGACGUGGAGUUUAGACAGCCAGGCAAUGCAGAGCUAAUAAAUUUACAAGUCGUAAUGACAGAUGGUAUGGAUUACCAGUGUGACUCGAGGACUUACAGACUUGUGGAUUUUUUUUUGACCGUGGAAUUACAGAGACGCGUUUUGUUCUGAAAUGAUGGCUUGAUAUGUUUCUCGUACCUCGGUAAUCACAAUCAGAGCCAGUCCGUCGACCGCCGUCACAAUAGCUACAAACGCGAUUUUGAUCUGACAGAAACCAAUUCGCCAAAAGCCCGAAAUAAUGUCACCCAUACCCGUCCUUCCCCUGGUCAUCAACUGUUUCCUGUCUGUGCUCGGCUGCUUGGCCACACUGAAACUCAUUCCGGCUUUCAAAGAUCAUUUCAUAUCAGCCAGAUUGUACGGAGUGGAUCUAAACAAAACGUCCAAAAAGCAAGUUCCAGAGUCUCAAGGAGUCAUCAGUGGGACUGUCUUCCUCAUCAUCCUUUUCUGCUUCAUCCCAGUGCCUUUCCUCAGCUGCUUCGUUGGAGAUCAGUGCAUGGGCUUCCCACAUGAUGAGUUUGUACAGCUCAUCGGUGCACUUCUGGCCAUCUGUUGCAUGAUCUUCCUUGGCUUUGCCGAUGAUGUGCUGAACCUCCGGUGGAGACACAAGCUCUUGCUUCCCACCAUGGCUUCUUUGCCGCUGCUCAUGGUCUAUUUUACCAACUUUGGCAACACUGUCAUAGUGGUGCCCAAGCCCUUCAGAGCACUGCUCGGACUACACUUGGAUUUGGGCAUCCUGUACUAUGUCUACAUGGGAAUGCUUGCUGUAUUCUGCACAAACGCCAUCAACAUCCUAGCAGGCAUCAACGGGAUCGAAUCAGGCCAAGCACUGUUUAUCUCAGGCUCCAUCAUCUUAUUUAACCUGCUGGAGCUCAGCGGAGAUUACCGCGAUGACCACGUUUUCUCCCUCUAUUUCAUGAUACCGUUCUUCUUCACCACAUUAGCGCUUUUGUACCACAACUGGUACCCUUCAUCUGUGUUUGUGGGAGAUACUUUCUGCUACUUUGCUGGGAUGACCUUUGCUGUAGUCGGCAUCCUGGGACACUUCAGCAAAACAAUGCUGCUGUUCUUCAUUCCUCAAGUGGUUAACUUUGUCUACUCCGUACCACAGCUGUUUCACGUAAUCCCCUGUCCCAGGCACCGGCUCCCGAGGUUGAAUCCAGAAACUGGCAAGCUGGGGAUGAGCUACUCUAAAUUCAAAACAAAGGACCUCUCUAAGUUAGGCCACCUCAUUUUGACGGUGGCAGAGUUAUUAAAGCUGCUCGAGGUGCGCAGAGGCCAUGAGGGGGAUGGUGAUUUUAUUGAGUGCAACAACAUGACUUUAAUAAACCUGGUACUGAAAGUACUCGGACCCGUCCACGAGAGAACUCUCACAGUCAUCAUGCUCAUCAUACAGGUGAUGGGCAGCGCAGUGGCUUUUGGGAUCCGUUAUCAUCUCGUCCGUCUCUUCUAUGAUGUCUAGAUUACCGGGACUGAGGACAGAGUGCUGACUGAGCAAAAUAUGAUACUGCUGUGGAACUAUUUUACAGGCUCACUGUUCAUUUGCCUUUUAAUAGAUUCCACUACCUCACUGACAUUUUUCAUAUUCAGGCUCUUUCUGCAGUAAAGACCCAGGGCAAGGGUUAAAGAUUUAUUUAACUUCACCACAGCAUUUUCAUAUAUAUGUACAAGCAGAACAGCUAAUGGUUUGAUGCCAACAGUAGCACUCUCCUGGGAUUUAGUCAUUACAGUCAGGGAAAUGUCACCGGGUCUUAAUCUCCCCACGUGUUCACCCUGAAAGUAUAUUUUUAUACUUGGUUUUUAAAAAGAAAGUCUGUCAAGUGUGGUCAACUUUUGAUCUUCAGUGUAGCAGACAUCACUGACUUGCAAACGUAGAAACCCUCUAAAAACUGCUCAAAUAUUCACAUAUUCACACACUGCUUGAAUCUGCUGCUGAGGGAAAAUGUGCCUACUUACGCUGUAUGCAGUAUGGGUGGGAAUAUUAAACUCAUUUAGUGCUUCUUGAUUGUUUCUUUUCCCUCUGAACAAAAGUCACAACAACAAAAUGAUUGUUGUGAAGAACAGCAGUGAAAUAUCAAAGGAGUGUAGUCAUCAAUAAAGUGUGAGGAGAUGAUUAAAUAGAGGUCAUGAAGUGGCAUGACUACGUCCUGAUUGCGGAAAAAGCACAUCCCGAUUAAAGAGAACUGAUCGUCUUUGCUUUUCUUUCAUCAAAUACAUAACUGUGUUGUUUAGGACUGAGCAUCAUCCCCACGGUUUCAGAAAGAACAUCAAUGUGAAGUCAACUGGCACUGGACUUUUUUAUUUAGGAAUGUAACUACAAGUGCAAAACUGUUUACUGAGAUUGAAGGCACAGAUUAUCAAAUAAAAACUGGAAAAAUUA